GUCGAUUCUUGAAUUUUGAUUCGGACAAUUUCCAUUCUAUCUAUCAAGUAUAAUCAUUGAAAAUCUACACAGAAUCAGUCAAUGCACAGUUUGAAAAAUAAAGGGUUUUAAACAAUCGAAUUAAUGGCUGGCCCUAUGGAAAGGAUUCAGGUCCUUGAUGAAAUCGAAAAGGACAUAAUAACUUGCCUUCAGUGUGCAGCUCAAGCUUUAUUGGAAUUGGGUAAAGAAAAAUCAAGUCAGAAACAAGCAGAAAGCAACACAUCACAAUUUUUAAGAACACUUAGCCAAGUUGAAUCGAAAUUGAGUGAUCAAAUAAACUACCUGACUCAAGUAUCUACAGGCCAACCUCAUGAGGGUUCAGGAUAUGCCUCACAAAAGGUGUUACAAAUGGCUUGGCAUAGACUCGAACAUGUCAGGUCUUGGGUCAAUGAGCUGGAGAGAUUAAAAGCGUCUCAUUUAGCAGCAGCCACCCGACCAUUAUCUGGUGUACCGAAUGGAAACUUAACAUCAUCUGGAACUAGUACAUGAACUUAUCCUUAAAAUAUAC